AUGCCGUUCAACAGUAUCUUACCCCCUCGGGACAGGCCUCAAAAAACUCGAGGCCUUGCAUUGGAGAGGCUCAUCUUGAACCAUCUUUCCUUAAGCUCGUGGUUGCUCAUCGGCUGCCUCUUUCAGUCACUCAUUCUCGCCUUGACACCAUCAGCAUAUGCACAAAUCCCCAUGGUGGGUGCAUUCGCCAUUCUUGGAGUUCGCUUGAUCAAGGCAGUCCUCAUCACCUAUGGUAGUAUAAAGAAUCCAUACCGUGAAGGAGUCGUCCCGCAGAAAUACGCUGCCCAGAUACCUAACGCAGAUGGGGAAUUUUCAGAUGUACCUGCGUCGGAGCGAGUUGUCUGUUUCCACCUUGGAUCGAAAUUCCACCACCCAGCUGGGAUUUUUGCCACUGAUUCUCGGGCGAUGGGGAACCACUUGUCAAAGAUGAUAUCCGAGCUUGACGAUAACAUGGGCAGUAAUGGCUUCCUAGGGGGGAGUCACUGGCAAUCCUACGACGAGCGAGGCGCACUGGAGAACAACUUUAUCGCCUACUGGCGUUCCAUCGGGGAUGUGCACAGGUUCGCGUACGGCGAGAAGCAUCGGAAAGCUUGGGACUGGUUUAACUCCCUAUCAAAGGAGCGGUCGGAUUUUCUUGGUAUUAAUCACGAAAUCUUCUCUUCCGAGCCUGGGCAGUGGGAGGCGAUCUAUGGUAAUUUUCAGCCAUCUCUCCUUGGUGCAACCACCUACCUGAAGAAGGGUGACAAAAUGAUCGGCGGAACUGUGGAAGAUAAAUGGAUCAGUCCUCUGGUAGAUGCCAGGAGGGGAAAAUUCAGAACCAGUGCCGGAAGAUUGGGGUGGCAGCCAGAUGUGUUGGAAAACAAAUAUAACCGCACAUAG